AUGAUGUCCAGGUGGAGUAUCGCUCUCCAGGCGCUCUUUAUUGCGCUAAUCGUGAUGGCCGUUGCGACGGCGGAUGAUUCGCCCCAGAGCCCACAAACCGAAACCAAAAGCACAGAGGCUGCGGCGAAGGAGGGUGCGGCGGCAGAGAAGGGCGCGCCCAUUUCCUUUCAGGCAGAGGUAAGCAAGAUGCUUGAUAUCCUCAUCAAUUCCCUCUACACCAACCGUGCCGUCUUCUUGCGCGAGCUCAUCUCGAAUGGAAGCGACGCGCUCGACAAAAUUCGCAUGCUCUACCUCACUGCGCCGAAGGAGCCGGUUAACAAGGACGGUGAGGUGCCGACACUCGACAUGCGUGUGUCGAUCGACAGCGAGCGCAAGGCCCUCGUGCUGCGCGACGGUGGCAUCGGCAUGACGCGGGCGGAGCUGGAGGAGCACCUCGGCUCGCUCGGCACCUCCGGGACGAAGCGGUUCGUGGAGCGGCUGCAGGAGUCGAAGGACGCCAACCUCAUCGGGCAGUUCGGCGUUGGCUUCUACUCCGCCUUCCUCGUCGCAGACCGCGUGCGCGUGGCGUCGAAGAGCGACGACAGCGACACCCAAUGGGUGUGGGAGUCCGCUGGCGACGGGCAGUACUACGUCUACCCCGACGAGCGCGGCAACACGCUGGGGCGCGGCACGGAAAUCACGCUCGAGAUGAAGCCCGACGCGCUCGAGUUCCUCAACUCCGACAACGUGCGCAAGAUCGUGCACCAGUACAGCGAGUUCGUGCACUUCCCCAUCUACGCACAGAAGGGCGACACGUGGGAGAUCGUGAACGAGAACAAGCCGAUAUGGACGCGCAAGCCGUCGGAGGUGACGCAGGAGGAGUACUACAAGUUCUACAAGGCCCUCGCACGCGACUAUCGCAACCCGAUGCACUACUCGCACUUCACUGUGGAGGGCGAGGUGGAGUUUAGCUCCGUCCUCUUCAUCCCGGAGGAGGCGUCGCAGGACAUCUUCAUCAACAACGAGAACACGCGUGACAACAUCAAGCUGUAUGUACGCCGCAUCUUCAUCACGGACGAGUUCCGCGAGCUGCUCCCACGCUACCUGAACUUUGUGCGCGGCGUUGUGGACAGCAACGACCUCCCGCUCAACGUCUCGCGUGAGGUGCUGCAGGAGAGCCGGAUUCUACGCGUCAUUAAGAAGAAGCUCGUGCGCAAGGCCCUUGCGAUGAUUUCCGAAAUCGCCGAGAACGACGCCCGACUCAAGGAGAACCCAGCAUCAGCGGCAGAAGGGGAAGGAGAUGACACGGCCGCCGAGAAGAAAGCAAAGGAGCCGGUGUACCCGAAGUUCUGGGCGCAGUUCGGCAAACACAUCCGCCUCGGCAUUCUGGAGGACGCCAACAAUCGUGGCCGCCUCGCAAAGCUGUUGCGGUACGUCUCCAGCAAGAGCAACGGCACCCUCGUCAGCCUCCAGGAGUAUGUCGACCGCAUGAAGCCGCGGCAGAAGGGCAUCUACUAUCUCACCGGCGACUCCAUCAAGAAGAUGAAGCAGUCGCCGCACAUGGAAGAGGCGCUCCUGCGCGACGUGGAGGUGCUGUUCAUGACGGACGCCAUCGACGAGUACGUCGUCGGUCAGGUGCAGGACUUCGCGAACAAGAGGCUGUACAAUCUCGCCAAGGACAGCGUCCUAUUCGAGGAGCAGACGGACAGGGAGAAGGCCAUUGAGAAGAAGCGUGGUGAGAAGUAUCAGCCGCUCAUUGAUCGCCUCGCUCGCCUCUUCAAGAGCAGCGACGUGCGUAAGGUGAUUCUGACAAAGCGGCAGAGCUCGGAGCCGUUCAUUUUGUCCUCGCAGGAGAAUGAUAUGACGCCGCGCAUGGUGAGCAUCAUGAACCAGCAGGCCAUCUCCUCCGCGCAGCCGAUGCGCUACACACGUGUGUUAGAGAUUAACUACCGCCACCCGCUCGUGCAGCAGCUGCUGACGCGCUUCCAGGAGGACGCGAAGGACCAGCUCGCCGUCGACGUGGCGUGGGUCCUCUUCGGCACCGCCAGCAUGCAGGCAGAGUUUCCCGUCACAGACCAAGCGCUCUUCGCGAAGCGUAUGGGCCGGCUGCUGCGCGGCCGCAUGAAUCUCACGCUGGACGAAGGACUUCUGCCGCCGGACGAUGACGAGUACGACAUCUCCGACGUGAAGCCGGAGACGUCCGCCACGGACGAAAGCCUGCUGCUGCCGAUCGACAAGGAGGAGGAGGCGGAGGCGCAGGCCGCAGCAGACGCCGGCGACUUGUAG